AUGUACUCGCCGCCGCCGGACGAGGCGGCCGAGGCGCUCGCGCGGGACCCCAUCGACCCCGUCGAGGAGACAGAGAGAUUCCUGGAAGACGCCGCCGCGGACACGGACCAGCCGGGCAAGGACGAGAUCCUGUGCGAGCGCCGCGUCGAACGCCGGAGCGCCGCUCUCGUUCGCAGAAUUCAAAUUCUGAGAGCUAGGCGCCGCCGCCCCCCCCCCGCGCGCAAGACAACUGAUAGACGGGUCCGCGAAUCCGGGCCGCGAUCAAACGCCGUCGCGCAGGUGCGCCCUCCGCGAGCUCCGGACCUACGGCGUCUGGCUCGCGCACAUCGACGCCAAGCUCGAGGCCUGGCGCGACGCGUGCGCGUCGUACUGCGACGGCCCGCCCGGGUCCAGGGACGGGGCGUAGUACCGCGCGUAGUACCGCGCGGGUACUACGGACAGCUUAGGGUACUAUGAUACCACGCAGGGGUCUGAGGGCAGUUCGUAGUCGGUGGAGUCUGAGACCGGAAAUCGACGUAUCUCUCCGAGCUGCAUCCAUCCCCAGAGUUCCUGUGAAAUAUCCAUGGGGGCAAAAUUUCGGUACUUUCGGCGAUACCACGCCCGUUACUGUAUUCGAGGCUCCAUUUACUGGCCCAUUGACCUAGACAUGGCCUAGAGAUGGUCCCGGGAUGUGAUGGGCAGCCCAGGACCGCGUAUAGUAGCCCCCGGGCUGCCCCGGCCCGCCGUCCGGGACCCCCCCUAAACAAUAAAAAUUAAUUAAAAUAAAAACCGCAGUACUGCGCAGGUACUACGCAGCACUGCGCAGUACUCCCGGUCCGGGAGUACUGCGCAGUGCUGCGUACUACGCCCCGUCCCUGCCCGGGUCGCCGCGCCAGGCGCCCGACUAUCAAGUAAGAGUCGCCUCGAGCCGCGCGGCGGCCGCCGCCUGGCGCACGCCCGGCGACGCCUGGACCGACGACCAAACUUUCGCGCCGGGCGCCUGCGACGCGUCGCGAUUCGCGUUCGCGGUCGUCCGGAGCGAGGCGGCGCGCCGCGUCGCCUUCGACCACGGCUGGUUCCGGCGCUGGAGCGCGCCGACGGCGCCCGAGGCCGUCGACGUCCUGUGCGAGGUGGGCCAGGUCGUCCUGCGCGUCGCGGCCGGCGAGGCGCUCAUCUCCGAGGAGGCGAUGAAGGCGCCCUACCUCAAAGCGUGUGUUGUGAGUGCGUCUUGGCGCGGCGGUUGCGUCGAGGUGGAGCUCGAGGUGUCGGGCCGCCACGAGUUCCGCGUCGCGCGCGUCGUCGCGGAGACCUCAGACGCGACGCAGAUCCACGACGCCGACGGCGAGCAGCGGGCGACGCGCGCCGCGCACGCCGUCAAGCUCCGCAUUGCCUGCGCCGCGCCGAAAGCGCGGCCGGCGUCGCCGGUGAACGUCGUCGACGAGGCGCUCGCCGUCGACUCCGUCCCGGGCACUCCGGCCGUCCGCGUCCUCGUCCUCGUCGAGUGAGACCCCCCUGUUCGUCGCAAGAAAGAAGCUACCCCCGC